AUGGGAGGCUGUAUUUCAGCCCCUGCAAAGAGAGCAGGAUCUUACUCAUCAACCAGGAGCAGCCGGUUCACGCCGCAACCCGAUGUAGACCGUGUCUGCAGAUCCGGCGUCCUCCGCACCAUCUCGAUCCUCAAGAACCCCAGCAGAGACAACAUCCAAGACAGGUUCGAAUUUGGCAAGGAGCUGGGGAGGGGCGAGUUCGGGAUCACGUACAGAUGCACAGAGCUCGUGACGGGCGAGGCCUACGCGUGCAAGACGAUAUCGAAGAGCAAGCUGAGGACGGAGAUUGACGUGGACGACGUGAGGAGGGAGGUUGAGAUAAUGAGGCACUUGCCGAGACACCCGAAUAUCGUGAGCUUGAAGGAGGCUUUUGAGGACAGAGAUGCGGUCUAUAUUGUGAUGGAACUGUGCGAGGGUGGCGAGCUCUUUGAUAGGAUCGUGGCGCGCGGCCAUUUCACGGAGCGUGAUGCCGUCACAAUUACCAGGACCAUCUUGGAGAUUGUCAGUGUAUGCCAUGAACAUGGAGUGAUUCAUCGGGACCUUAAACCGGAAAAUUUCUUGUUUGCCAAUUCGAGUGAUUCAUCACCUUUGAAGGCAAUUGAUUUCGGUCUCUCUACAUUCUUUGAACCAGGCCAGCAUUUUAGAGAAAUAGUUGGAAGUCCAUACUACAUGGCUCCAGAGGUGCUAAGACGAGAUUACGGGCCGGAAGUCGAUGUGUGGAGUGCAGGGGUUAUUCUUUACAUUUUGCUUUGUGGGGUUCCUCCCUUUUGGGCAGAAACUGAAGAAGGAAUUGCGCAGGCCAUUGUCCAGGGUGAAAUAGAUUUCGAACGAGAUCCUUGGCCCAAGGUUUCCGAAGAAGCAAAGGAUCUAGUGAGAAAUAUGCUCGAACCAAAUCCUUAUACACGUCUUACGGUCCAAGAAGUCCUUGAGCAUAAGUGGAUACAGAAUGUGGACAAGGCUCCCAACGUUUCACUAGGACAAAAUGUCCGGACGAGGAUAAAGCAAUUCUCUUUGAUGAAUAAGUUCAAGAAGAAAGUUCUCAGAGUAGUAGCAGACAAUUUGCCUGAUGAGCAAGUGGAUCAUAUCAAAGAGAUGUUCCACGUGAUGGAUACCGAUAAAAAUGGAGAUCUGACAUUUGAAGAGUUGAAACAUGGCCUGCACAAAUGUGGACAGCAAGUUGCUGAUCCUGAUGUGCAGAUGCUGAUGGAUGCAGCUGAUGAAGAUGGAAGCGGAACUCUGAAUUGUCAAGAGUUUGUGACUAUGUCAGUCCACUUGAGAAGGAUCGGCAGUGAUGACCACCUUACUCGAGCUUUUGAAACCUUUGACAAGAAUCGAAGCGGAUAUAUUGAAUUCGAUGAGUUGAAAGAAGCUUUGAUAGAUGACAAUCUUGGUCCAAACAACGAAAAAUUUAUUGAAGACAUCAUUUUCGAUGCUGAUCUAGAUAAGGACGGUCGAAUCAGUUAUGAUGAAUUCAAGGCCAUGAUGAAAAUGGGCAUGGACUGGAAAAUGGCUUCACGCCAAUACUCAAGAGCAAUGCUGAACGCGCUUAGCCAAAAGAUGUUCAAAGACAAACCUUCUUCCCUCAGAGGCUAAAAGAUGUUCCACCCAUGACUUCUUAAUCUUGA